GAACGCAAUCCCUCGCACCGGUAUCAUUCUUCUAGCUGAAAAGUCUACCGUCCCGUAUAGAGCCAACUCGGACUGACACGGUAUAAGGGGAACGGGAAAAGAGCCAUUUGCAUACAUCAACAUGGCCCCUCAAGAUACCCCCGCAUCGGAGGCUCCUGCGGGCUCAGUGAAUAUCAACUCGCUUUCGGUGCCGCAGCUGCGGGCGCUGCAGACUCGUCUUUCGUCGGAAUUGGAACAUUUGACCUCGUCGCAUGCGAAGUUGCGCGCGGCGCAGUCGAAGUUUCGGGAUUGUGUGCGGUCGAUUAACGAGGGUGUUGUUGGGUCUGAGAAGAGGGGGACCGAUGGAAAGGAGGAUAUCUUGGUGCCUUUGACAAGCUCGUUGUAUGUCAAGGGCAAGCUGGCCGACCGGGAGAAGGUGCUUGUAGAUGUUGGAACGGGAUUCUAUGUCGAGAAGACUGCGAAAAAGGCAAUUGAGUUCUACGAGGACAAGAUUAAGAGUCUAGAGACGAACCUCACAGAGUUGGAAAAGAUUGUACAGACGAAGGGCUCCCAGCAAAGACUCUUCGAGGAGGCUCUGAGACAAAAGUUGCUUAGCGAAGGCGCCCCAUCAUCUGCUGCUGCCGCUGCGGGCGGUGGUUAAAUCCUGUCAAACGCUUUGCAGAGGCGUUCGAUCAUCCAGUGAGCGGUCGGGGCAAAAUAGUCAACAGAAAUAAUAGAGAAUGGUAUCUGUUACAGUAAGUGUUGGCAAUGGCA